AUGGAACCAGGAAAUGCAACAAGGGUUUCAGAAUUUUUACUCCUGGGAUUUUCCCAAGACUCAGAGCAUCAACCGAUGCUAUUUGGGCUGUUCCUGUCCAUGUUUGUGGUCACUGUGCUCGGGAACCUGCUCAUCAUCCUGGCUGUGAGCUCUGACUCCCACCUCCACACCCCCAUGUACUUCUUCCUCUCCAAUCUAUCCUUCACCGACAUCUGUUUCACCUCCACCACCGUCCCAAAGAUGCUGGUGAACAUCCAGACACAGAGAAAAACCAUUACUUAUGCAGGCUGCAUUGCCCAGAUGUAUUUUUUUAUGGUGUUUGGAGUCAUGGACACAUUUCUAAUCACUGUGAUGGCCUAUGACCGUUUUGUGGCCAUCUGCCACCCCCUGCACUACCUGGUCAUCAUGAACCCUCGCCUCUGCAGCCUGCUUGUUCUUGUGUCCUGGUUCCUCAGCAUGUCAAAUGCCCUGAUCCACAGCCUAUUGGUGCUGCAGCUGUCCUUCUGCUCCAACUGGGGAAUUCAAAACUUUUACUGUGAACUUGCUCAGGUCCUCACUCUUGCCUGCUCAGACACACUCAUCAAUCACAUCCUUCUAUAUAUGGUGACGGGUCUUCUUGGAUUUGUGCCCUUCUCAGGGAUCAUUUUCUCCUAUAGCCUAAUCGUCUCCUCCAUCCAGAGAAUCCCAUCCACUAAAGGAAAGUAUAGAGCCUUUUCUACCUGUGGGUCUCAUCUGUCUGUAGUUUUGUUGUUCUAUGGGACAGGCCUUGGUGUGUAUCUCAGUUCUGAUGCAUCUUCCUCUUCCUGGAAGGGCAUGGUGGCCUCAGUGAUGUACACAGUGGUCACCCCCAUGCUGAACCCCUUCAUCUACAGCUUGAGGAAUAGGGACAUCAAGAGGGCCCUGCAAGGUCUUCUCGAAAGAAAGCUCUGCGUUCACUGA